UAAUAAGCUGUUCUCAAAUGCAGUUUAUUUCUGUGUGACGAGAGAUCAAAGAUUAAUCCACUUUUCAGAGCUUUGUUCGCAACAUCAUCGAUAAUAUAGUAAAUUGCAAAUUAGCUUUCCUAGAUCAAUCAACUCGAUUUGGCAUUGAAGCUUUCGAGAUGAACAUCGACGCUGCACAUCAGCCAUAUUGGUUCCAUCCUCAGGUUCACGAGCGUCACGCAAUUAAUAAAGUCGAUGGCGUUCCAAACAUGCCGAUUUUUACUUCGCGUACCAACCUGGAAGUUCAUCAGAGGCAAAACGCGUUGGAGCAUUAUUCUAUCAGUUUACCUCGACAAAAUGAUGUUAAAUUUCCAACUUCUGCAUGCGGACGCAGUGAGAAAGAUUACAGUAAGCAAAAUUCGAUGCAAGUUAUUGAUAAUGGGCGCAGAAAAGAUGUUGACGUUAAAAACGCAGAUCUGACUACGGCCCGCAAGCGUUUACGUAUUACAUUUUCUCCUCGUCAGCUGGAACGCUUGGAAAGGGAAUUUCAUGGGAGUAUGUACGUUGUCGGUUUGAAGCGUUCACGUCUUGCAGAAGAACUCGAUUUAGAAGAACGACACAUAAAGAUCUGGUUUCAAAACAGGAGGAUGAAGUUCAAACGCGAUCAAAGGAUUAUUGAACGAAGUUUAAACAACACGAGCACACAAAUGUUCGAAAAUCUUGUUUGGUUUUGAAGUAAGCAAUGGACAGUCAGACAUAGAUUUGGGAUAAAAAUCGCUCAAUGACGAAGUGCCGAAACGCAACUGAGUACAUUCUCGACUUGAUUGUUGUUAUUCACAAUCGAAAUAAAAUGAUCGCAAAGCAACAUAAAUCACUAUAAAACAUUGACGUCGUUGUAUAUUCAACAAUUAAAUGCACUGGAACACAAUAUUUACACAUUACAUAUCUUAUUAAUAUAAUCUUAUUAAUAUAAUAAAAAAAAACCUAUUCUA